UAUAUAUAGUACACAUCACCGCUGUCAUGUGAGUGUUAUUUAUAGAACAGCUUCCUCCUUGAUGGACCACACACAUUAAUGAUGGGGUGUUGUUUCUCGUCACAGCAGGAGGGUCCCACGUCGAAAACGAGGCUACUUCAGGACCAAUCAGAUCACCAUGGUGACCGUGAACCACCAUCGUCUGCCAGACAGAAAUAUGGAGACAAAAACUCACACACCGUGGAAUUCACGACCUCCGUCGACGUGUUACGACCAGCUGAUAUGAAGACCGUGGCAUUGUCCAAGUUAGACAAAACUUUUCAGGAUCAGGCGAAGUUGUAUGACGAUCUCCUUGUCUGCUUCCAAACACUGAAGCAAGACAUGGAGAAGUUCAAGGGUUAUUUUGCUGCAGAAACAGAAGGAAUUUCUGAACUCCACAAAUGUGUGGUGAUUCUGGUAGAAAGGUGUGGUGAGGCGGAACUCGUUGUUGACAGAAAAUUGAAAAACUGUAUUCAAAUUGAAUAUAAGUCUGAGGAGAUUCUACGCACAUGCACUGUGGAUUAUCAACAGGUGAUUCCGGUGUUAGACCUUUUCAAUGCGAUAAAUAAACUUAUAAAGAAAAUACUCGAUCGCGCUCCACAGGUUAGGUCAACCAUCGAAUGCCUACUAAGUGACGCGCACGAGAUGAAGAAGGAUAUCAUGAAAUCGGAUUUAAAUUCAGCGGAAGGCCCUGCAGCCAUGAAGGCAUGUAUAGCUAACAUCAGCAAGCUAGAUGUCCUCAGAAAGGAUGUAGACACAAUCAUGAAACACACAGACAGGAUGUUUAAAGACGUUUUACAGUCGUCGAAAGGAUUUUUUAAAGACGAACAGGAAGAAUAGCAAAGUCGUGGUCCGACAGUUAGAAAUCGAUUAUGCUAAUUUGAACAAAGAUAGAUACAUAAAAUGCACAUGAUUUGCUUAGAGGACAUACGAGAAUAGGACAUACCCAUGACUUAUCAAAUCAGCAGAGAAAUAUUAUGCGGUUUAACAAAAACAGCAAAAUCAAAAUGAUACUAAAACAAUCAAAUGUGUUCUUUGGUGUCUGGUUUUACAGAUAAUGACAUUAAUCUGUAACAUAAUGUGGCAUUAAAUUGUUUUCAUAUCAACAAUACGCUGAAGACUAAGCGUCCUUGCAAAUUUUAGAUAAAAUAUAUCGUGCAUGA